AUGUCUUCCUUGAUAGUGAAAAGUCUCUGGUCCAUUGUCUCUAUCAUUACAAGAAUCUUCUCCUUCCGAAGACGCCGUCAUGUGUCUAAUCCAAGAACCACCACACAUAUAAGCUACUUCAGGAUGUCUAAGAAACGUCCACUCUCUUUGCAGACGGUUGAGCUUAAGGUAAGAAUGUGUUGUACAGGUUGCGUUAGGAUCGUUAAGAACGCAAUCUCCAAGCUCCGAGGAGUUGAUUCAGUGGAGGUGGAGAGAGAGCUAGGAAGAGUGAGAGUGGUGGGUUACGUUGACAGAAACAAAGUACUCAAAGCCGUGAGGCGAGCCGGGAAGAGAGCUGAGUUUUGGCCAUACCCUGAGCCUCCACUUUACUUCACAUCUACUCAAAACUAUUUCGUAGAUCCUUCCAAAGAGUUUAAAGAGAGCUAUAACUAUUAUAGACAUGGCUAUAAUGGUACAGAGCAACAUGGUAAUAUCCCCGUAGGUUCUCGUGGAGACGACAGAGUUAGUAAUAUGUUUAAUGACGAUAACGUCAAUGCAUGCUGUCUCAUGUAAUUUAACUACGUAACAAUAACAUAACUAACUCUGUUAUAUCAUACUGUAUUGUAU